UCUUGGAGAAGCAGUUUUAGCUUCUCUUUAUACUGUAGUCUCUUUGGACAGACUUUGAAAGGGGUCCUGACUUGUCCUUUGAAUGCAUGUGCCGCGCGAUAUGCGAAACUGCACAAGAAUAUAAUGUUAUCUAGAAGUUUGACAACUAGCUAGCACAUUUUUUUGAACACUUUUUUCAAAAAUCAAAAAUCUUUAUAUCGAAAAAAAAUGUUUUCAGCGGAUCAAAGUUGUUGGUUCGUUCGUAAGGUGAUUUGUUGGAGAGCAGUAGCCAGUGUGGCGUGGUCUGUCCUACUGCUGCUUCCCACCACAGCUCUGUUUGUACUUCUCAGCAGAUUCAGUCUGUUUCACCCCAUACUCUGGAUAUCAGAAUGCCUGUCCCUAUUGACCAGUCCCAGUGGCAUCUUCUCCUUCAUUCUGCUGUGUGGAGUGGUGGUGCUGGUGGGCUUCUUCAACCUGGAGUAUUACACAGUUGUCCCAUCCGUCGCCUGUUCCAAGAUCGCCCUCCUGGGUCAGGUGCUCCACCCCCGUCAGGUCGUCCACUCACUGGUGCACUGCAUCAUGGGUGUAGUAGUAGCUUGGUGUUGUGCCUUCACCAUCGGAGGGCGCUACCAGUCCUUGGGGCACCCCUGUACACAGGAUGAGAGUAGUGGUCCUGAGAUGUGCCUGAAUGAAUAUCACCUGGUGUUGCUGCUGGUGGGGGCCUUCAUUGGCUACAGCCACAGCCUGGUGGGAGUGGUCUACAACAUGAACUACGUUUCCUUCCACACCAUGCAGCAAUACAAGUACCUCCGCUUCAAGGGAGCUCUGCCCCUAGUGGUGAAGGCCAGUACUGUUCAGGCUCUCUACGGUCUCAGGAACUUCCUUCUCCUUUAUUUCUUCAUGGGAUAUGCACCACGAGCCUGGAUCUGUAAAACACUUGACCUCAACAUCAACAGGCUGUGGAUCGUCACUUCAAGCUACCCCAUACCUCCUCUAAACCAGGUCACUGUUCCUGCAGUAUGGGAGAUGACAGUUACAAGACGCUCCGCUUCGCCCUGCGAUCCACCCUCAAGACCGCUGUCUACAGGAUCACAGCCACCUUCGGAGGACACCUCCACGCUGUCCAGAUGUCCGCAGAGCACAGGAAGAGACUGCAGCACUUCCUGGAGUAUAAAGAGUGACGGUGUGAGCGAGUCUGUCUGUCACUUAGCUGAUGACAAUGGUAGUGUGUGGCUGUGUGUGUGUGUGGCUGUGUGUGGCUGUGUGUGUGUGUGUGUGUGGCUGUGUGUGUGUGUGUGUGGCUGUGUGUGGCUGUGCUUCCUAUUGAAAGGUCUUGAAAGUGCCAAAUUUGAAUUGGAUGCCUAGACUGUUUGUAGAAAACAUGGAUGCUUCCAAGUUCUUGUUAGUUGGUUUUUGUUUGUCAAUAAUGUUUUAUCCAUCUGACAAAUUGCUACAAAAGAUGCUUGUGAAUGUUUUCCGCUUUAAACUGAAAUGAACGGGAUUGUGACAUACGUCUAGGAAGUCUUUGAAAAGUCUUAACUUGAGUUCACGUAUGAUCGAUGACUACAUAGUGAAUGAAUAAAAUGUUUUGUAAAGAUG